CAGUGCACGCGCUGGUCGGACGGGACUGUCUGGCGGCGUACCCUUCAGCUCUAUCGUAAGCGGCCUGUAUCACUUCCCAGUCACAGGGUCACCUUGGUUGGGGAUUGGGCAAGAUGGCGGCUCUGAUGAGAGUGGGCGCUCUGUGCAGGGGAAGCAGAGCUUUUGCCUUUGGUAAACCUUUCCUGAUAAGACCAGCUGCGAUUUUACCACAAGAUCGCCCCUCAUUGCAAGCUUUCCCAAUCCAUGUUUCCCCAAAUCGACACGGAUCUAAAGCCGCCUCCCUACACUGGACAAGUGAGAGAGCAUUAAGUGUGGUUCUGCUAGGCCUUAUACCCGCAGCUUACAUGUAUCCUGGAGGUGCUAUGGACUACUCGCUGGCUGCAGCCCUCACCCUACAUGGGCACUGGGGUUUUGGGCAAGUGGUGACGGACUACGUUCAUGGAGACUCGAAGGUCAAACUGGCCAACUUUGGACUGCUCGCGCUUUCGUCCUUGACAUUUGCCGGCCUGUGUUACUUCAACUACAAUGAUGUCGGCAUCUGCAAAGCAGUCGCCAUGCUUUGGAGUCUGUAAUUGAUCAGCAGAUGAAUGUAUAUCAUCACUAUUGUUUUAUACAGUAGAGGGAUAAUACAGUGGACAGCAACAGUAACCGCUUGACAUACGCUGGAGAUUCUUCUUUGCAGGUUACAGUACAUUUAAUUGUUUCAUGGUUGGACUGGAGUAAUGUGAUUUCCACAGAGAACACCUCCACUCACCAUUGCAUAUACACAUCUAAGAAGGCUAAGUCAUGCCACAAAAGUGGUUAAGUUAUGGGUGGCUACUUUAUCCUAUAGCUACAGUCUGUAGAUUGAAGAGCAUGAACUGGAUCUAUAAAUUACCGUUCCAAUUUCUGUUCAUUGUAAGAGAACCUCAACAUAUAUUUCAUGCAGAUUUUGUAUAUAAUUUGGCAGUGGACGAGUGAAGUCAGAUUUUCUUCUGGCUCAAGUGUUACCGUCACAAACAAGAUGGUCCGGCUAGUAAAACAAUAAAAGACAGGAUUUGCCAAUCUGAUCAAUUUAAUCCAACAUAAAUGUGUGUCUUCCAGAUGGUAAAGACACCAGUACAUUGCACUGUCUGCAACUGUACUUUAAUAAUUAUUGCAUUGAAGAAACUUGUUAAAACAGUUAAGAGUUUAUUUUCAAUGUUAAUCGUGUUUGGAAGACAUCACUUAAUGCUUGAAUAAAGAAUAAGAGCUACUUGCAA